AUGCGUCUUUCAAUUGGAUGUGCUCUUUUUUUCGUCGUUAUUGCUUUCGUACAAAGCAAUCCAAUCUUCAAUGGUAUGAAUGAUUUAAAUGCAGUUAUUAAUCAACUUGGUUCACAAACUGCUUUGAAUGAUUUAAUGCAUAAUCUUUCUGGUCAAGUUGCUAAUGCUCUCUCAUCAUCUCAAUUACAAGCACUUGUACAACAAGCUCUUCAACUUGCUCCAAGUGUUAUGAACGGUAGUGUUAAACCUCAAGUCGCUGCUGCUCAAUUAUUAGCACAACUUCAACAACAACUUGGUUCAAAUAACCAACUUCUUAAUGCUGUAACCAACGCUAUUCAACAAUUAGGCAGUGCUCUUCUUACAAUCCAACCAAAUUUACUUUCAGGUCUUGGCACACGUUCAGCACUAGGCAAACAAUUACAAAUCAGUGAUUUAGAAGCUAUUGUUGCUCAACAUCCACAAUACUCAAGCGCAGUUGCAUCACUUGCCGCUCUUGCUGACAAAGUUAUUGCUGCUCUUACACAACCCCAAUUGAAAGCACUUGAAAAUCUUACACUUCAACUUGCUUCAAAUGUUAUGAAUGGUAGUCUUAAACCUGAAGCCGCUGCCACUCAAUUAUUAGCACAACUUCAACAAUAUCUUGGUACUACCCAGCUUUUUGUUGACGUAGCCAUUAUUGUUCAACAAUUGGUCAGUCCUGUUGCUUAA